UGGUAUUAUUGGACUUCAUUACUUAUAAAAAUGGAUUGUGAAAUAUUAUGACAUUUUAAUUACAAAAUUAGAACUAAAAUAAAAAUUAGAGCAGCCAUCUUACAUUACCCAAUCAAAGGUCUUCGGAUAGCGGUUUCAUUGUCUGGUUUUAAACCAGUAAUUUACUAUACACAGGCCGUCAAAUGGCUUUAAAACGAAUUAAUAAGGAAUUGCAAGACCUGGGCAGAGACCCACCCGCACAGUGUUCAGCUGGCCCAGUUGGAGAUGACUGUGAGUUGAACGACAUUAUAUUUUCAAUUAGUUGGUUAGACCUUGCAAAUUUUAUGGCCAAUGUUGUGGAUUAUUGUAAGAAACUGACUAUUCCAUUGGCAGGCAACAAUUAUGGGGCCAGUGAGUAUUUGUUUGUUCAUUCUAGAUACUUCAAUUUCUAUUUUGCUGAUGCAUAUCCGGAUAGUCCAUACCAAGGAGGAGUAUUUUUUUUAACUAUACACUUUCCCACAGAUUAUCCUUUCAAACCUCCUAAGGUGGCAUUUACAACCAGAAUUUAUCACCCAAACAUUAAUAGUAAUGGUAGCAUUUGUUUGGAUAUAUUGAGAUCGCAGUGGUCACCUGCACUCACAAUUUCUAAAGUUCUAUUGUCCAUCUGCUCUCUGUUGUGUGAUCCAAACCCAGAUGAUCCAUUAGUGCCAGAAAUAGCGAGGAUAUACAAGACCGAUAGGGAAAAAUACAAUGAACUUGCGAGGGAGUGGACACGCAAGUAUGCCAUGUGAUGCCCUCAACCUCACCAACGGCCUGGCUCUGCAAAAUCAGCUGUCCGUAAAAUUUUCUAAAAAGAAUAGAACUAAAGAAAGAAAACAUGAUUCAAACAACUUAAAAAGGGACUUCCUGACACUGGUGUUCUGUUCUGGCCAUUGUUAACAAUGUCUCAAACUCCACCUCUUUCUUUGUUUAAAAGGAGUUUAAGGGAUAAGGUACACUUAUUUAAUAGUUGUUCCUCCCUUUGAAUUAUUUGCACAUAUAUUUGAAUGAUAAAAUGAUUUCAUGGUGUUGAUCUAGGUGUUUUUUUUUUAAGUGAGCAUUGUAAAGAAAGCAAGAAAGAACUGUUUGAAUUUCUAAGCAGUGAAGCUACGCAGGGAUUUGGGUUUUCUUUGAGUCCGGUCACAGGAAGUUCCUCCUCUCCCUUUCUUUAUUGCCUAUUGGGCAAGUCCUCAACAUGUCUGCAAACGAUGGACACUUCUAGGUAGUAAAUCACGCUCCUUCCUUCCAGCCCUUCCUUGCUUAUUUCUCACCGCCAUCUUGUAAUUCCAUUUAUUUCCUUUUGUAGCAUUUCCUGUCCCCAUUCCCUCUCAUCUCUGCUGGCCGUUACAGAAUGGACUUGCACCGAGGUUCAUUCGCUUAUUUCAAUGCUAAAAGGAGGAGAUGAGGAAGCAUGGUUCCAAGCUUUGAAUUUUGAGGCCAAAGUUUGGAUCAUGUAUGGUUUUUCCCAUAUUGUACAUUUUCUUCGGAUUUUUCCAUUUUAAAGUGGAACUUGUGUAAUCGUACUAUUUGUGAAACUUGUUAAUAAACACUGAAAUAAUACACAAACAAACAAGUUAUUUAUGCAGUUCAAAUCUGAAAUUAAUUGCGGAUUUUCUGUUCUUUCCAUUUCUCCAUCAGUCUCCUCAAACAUAAGUAUUAUCUUGGCCUUCCCUAUUAUCAUAUAAAAUGUAAAUUACUGUCAGUUCCUUGCUUGGGGGGUUAUGAAGACAUACGUAUGUGGUUUGAGUUCAUAAUUUGGCUGUUUUAAUCUGUGCUUCAAGUGGAAAAUUCCACAGUGGUUAAUACUUUUUUCACAUUUUUUUCGUGUUUUAUGUGGUGUGGCACAUUUUUUGCGAAUAUGAUCGUAUACACAUAACUCAUGUUAAUUAAUAAGAAACAAGCUUCAUGUUCAAAUUUGGUGAUUAUUUUUGGAAUUUCUGUUGCUUCUAAUGUGCAAUAAUAGGAUGCAGUUCCAUCAGUGAUGAAUAUAGAGUAUUUUUGUUGUUAUCUUCAGUUAUCUAUCCUUUAUUUAAUCCAGAUCCUAGAGAUUGUAAAUAGUACUGUUUCACUUUUCUAAACUGAGAUGGAGUGGGAUCUUUUAUAGUGUAUUUUGAAAUAUGUUCUCCAGGAAAAAUAGUCCAUGGAGAAGUUACUGUAAGGGUGUGCCCAAAUUAUUUUAAUUGCAAAUUAUUGUUUGUUUAUAAAUUUGGUUUUAUUGCCUUGUAAAUGCUUGUGGCAAUCUUGGGCUUAAUGAAUAGAAAUGCCAAACAUACAACUCUGGUAUUUUUUAGUACGUGGUAUGAAGGAAGGAAACAAAUGAUUUCAAAAUAGGUUUACACAGCAGUACAAAGCUUUGGUGGAUUGCAUGUUUUUAUUUUUUGCAUGCACUCUUUAGUGUUUUACAUACUUUGAAUAUAAGUAUUCUGUUAGCUAAGUUAUUUUCUAAUUUAAAAUCCAUUUUGUGCUCAAUAUAUCUGAUUAAUUUUUGAACAGGUGUUCAAUUGCAAAUGAUUUUUUAUUUAUUUAUCUUUCAUCUCAUAGUGUUUGUUCUUAAAAGUGUUACUGUGUAAUAAUUUUUCUGAUUGCAAGCAGAAAUGUUUAAUUAGAUCCCUCACAUUUUUGUUAUGAGGUUUUAAUUUAAGACCUGGAUUUGUAUAGUAUGCGAAACAACUGGAAUAAAAACAAAUGCAAGGAAGGACUAAUAGAUUAACAUUUCAAUUUUCACAUCUUGAAGAAAAAAAAUGUAUCAUUGUCCAAUUUAACUACUUCAGAAGAAAAUGUUUAUCUGGAGUGGGAAGGCCCAGACAUUUUAUGGGAAAUAGAGAAGGUAGGGGAGAUAACUUGACUACCAAACAUUCAGUCAGAAUUUAGGAAAUGUGUAAUGUAGUGAGCUCUGUCAUUUUUAAGCAUGAUGUAAAAUCUUUUUAUUUGUAACCAUUAAGUGAUUUUGAGAGGAUUUAUGCAUACUUCUUGCAGAUUGACUGAAAUAGGCUGAGAUGCAUGGUCUUUUUGGAACAGCCAAACACUUGUACCAUUAACAUCUGAAUUUUUCCUGUAUUGAACCAUCUAGUUAGUACACAACUCACAAUCUCAGGUUUCAUAAGGGAAGGAAGUGCUACUUUUGGAAAUCGAGCCAGAAAGGCCAUGCUCAAAAUCCAGUAUUAUGUUUCUUGAGGCUGAGUUUGAGAAUGCAUUUUGCACCACAUUUUAUCCAUAAGUUUUGGGAGUGGCUUCAAGCCGAACCUUAAUUUUUUUUUCUAGUAGAACCUAAUGACCUGUUCACAAAAGACUCCCAAAAAAGCAAAAUAAUGAUGAGCCUGGCCAAGUUGUUUCAGCCACUUGAAUCAUUUUCAUUUUUUUCCAUAUUCAGUCUGGUGAAUGAUUGUGAACCUGGUGACGUUCCUGUUCAUUAAUUACAAUCAUUCACUGGAUUGAUUUUUAGCCACAAACAAGAUUGUUAAUGAGAUUUAUUUCCAUCCGAAACGUUCAUUAUGAAGUGCUUGUGUAAAAAUGCGUAAAUAAACAAUUUGCUAGUAAUUCGCA